AUGACAUGUUCUAAAACUCGGUCAGCACUGCAUCAACAAUGGACACUAAGACAAAGAGGGAAUACUAUUGGAAGACUCGUGAAUGUACACCCUUAUUCAGGCCAAAAGUAUUUCUUAAGGAUCUUGGUAAAUCAUCGGAGGGGAGUCACAAGUUAUGAGAUGAUCCGUACAGUGGGAGAUGUAACUUACAAAACCUAUAAACAAGCAUGCGUUGCUAUGGGUUUGCUUGAUGGGGAAAAAGAGUGGCAUAAGACAAUGGAAGAAACGUCGCAUUGGGCAACCGCGACACAGCUAAGAGAUAUGUUUGUCACAUUUUUGGUGUUUUGCGAGGUUACCCAGCCAGGGAAUUUAUGGAAUAGGUUUUGGCCUGACAUGGGAGAGGAUAUGCCUUUCAAAAUGCGGAGAAAGUUCGGCUUCAGUGGGUAUAACUUAACGGAGAAAGAAAUUCAGCAAUACACUUUGCUGGAAAUACAGAAGCUACUGACUGAAACGGAUAAAUCACUUGCUGAUUACACCGACCUCCCGCUGCUUGAAAGAAAUAUAAUGAACGAGUUUAAGAACUCAUUGCUGAGGGACGAGAUGAGGUACAACCCGGAUGAGGAAGAAGAGAAGCAUAGAUCAAUGUUUGAGAGAUUGAAUUUGGAGCAGGUAGAGGUUUAUAAAUCAGAAGGAAAAAUUGUUCUACCUGUGGCUACUUCGGGAAUAGUUGCAACAUUAUUACCAGAAGGAAGGACAGCUCAUUCCCGAUUCAAGAUCCCAAUUGAUCUGCACGAGCAUUCUAUGUGUAACAUAAAACCAAAAACGAUCCUAGCUGAACUGAUAGAGAACACGUCUUUGAUUAUAUGGGAUGAAGCUUCAAUGGCACACCGUCAUACUUUUGAAGCUUUAGACAGGACAUUGAGAGAUAUUAAGAGGAGUGUUGACCCGUUGGCAACAGAGAAGACGUUUGGUGGAAUUACAAUGUUGCUUGGUGGUGAUUUUAGGCAAAUAUUACCAGUCAUAGCACGAGGGAGUAGGCAAGACACUGUCAUGGCAUCAAUCAACAGAUCUUAUCUUUGGGACAGAAGAAAUGUAUGCUUGCUAAAGAAGAACAUGAGACUGAAUGCAGAUGAAAUCUCAUUUUCAAAGUGGAUUUUAGAAGUUGGUGAUGGUGUUGCUAAGAGGGUAUCGAGGCAUUGGGAGGAUAGCUUAGAUACAGAUAUUGUUGAAGUUGAGAAUGAGUUGUUAUUACAGAGUACAUCCGAUAGUUUGGAGGAUGUUUUUCGAUCUACAUAUGUAGAUUUUGAGAGGUUUUACAGAGAGAAAAACUACCUCCGCGAACGAGCAAUAUUAACCCCAAGAAAUGAUACCAUGGAUGAGGUUAACGAGUUCAUUCUAUCAAAGGGUCCUGGAGAAAUGAAAGAAUAUUUCAGCUCAGACACCCUCAGCGAUGAUGACUGA